UGUUCAUACAGUAUUUUAAACUUUGUUAAACUGGAACCUUGUCGUUGUGUCAUUUCGAGUUAACAUUGGUAGCAGAGGAUGGCUAAUAACUACAAUGUGCCACCUCGCUUCGACGAGAAGAGGUCGUACGAAAGUUGGAAAAAUGAACUUGGAAUCUGGACACGGGUUACUAAUCUGGACGCGAAAAAGCAAGCACUUGCGGUGGUAUUAUCGCUCGAGGGAAGAGCGAGAGAUACAGCACUGGAAAUAUCCGUUGAGGAUUUCAACAAUGAUGAUGGUAUGGGAACUUUGAUCAGAGCACUGGAUUCUGUAUUUCUUAAAGAAGAGAAAGACCGUGCCUACGAGGCAUAUUCAAACUUUGACAGUGUUUCGAGAGAUAUUUCGGUUGCAAUGACGGACUACAUCAUUGAUUUCGAACAAAGGUACAAUAGGAUGCGCAAGUACGACAUGGUUCUCCCGGAUGCAGUGUUAGCUUUCAAGUUGCUAGAUACUGCCUGUCUAGAUGGUAGGGAGAAACAGUUGGCUUUGACUGCUUGUACUGUACUGACUUUUGCAUCAAUGAAGUCGGCACUAAAAAUAAUUUUUGGUGAAAAGACGUCUGUCGCGCCGUUAACAGAUGGAAUGCAAGCGAGUGACGGAGCAUAUUACACUGAGCAGCAGAGAAAAGGCGCCAAAAAGUCACGUUCUCAAGACAACCUGAAGAGGGCGCCAUUUCCCGGAACAAAUCCACUGGACAAAUAUGGAAGGAGAUCAAAAUGUGCUGUUUGUCAAAGCACUUACCAUUGGGUUAAAGACUGUCCUCAUAAAAAUGAACAAGUUAAACUAACAGAGGAAAAUGUAAACACAGAUAUAGAGCAGUGUAACAUUACACUGUUUUCAAAUGAAUCUGCUUCUGAUACUGAGAUUUUUAUAGUUGAAUCCUUAGGAUCUGCUGUGAUUGAUACUGCAUGUACACGGACAGUGUGUGGUGCAAAAUGGCUUGAUAGCUAUGUUAGUGAACUAAAUAUGAAAGAAGUACAAAAUAUGAUUGACACACCAAGCAACAGAGCUUUCAAAUUUGGAGAUGGGAGAAUUGUCCAUUCUACCAAGAGAGUUAAGAUACCAGCAAAAAUUGGUCAGACUAAGUGUCACAUUGAGACAGAGGUGGUCCCUACAGAUAUCCCCUUACUAUUAAGCAAAGCUUCCCUCAAGAAGGCAGGGGCUGUACUAGACAUAAAAAAUGACAAGGCAGUGAUGUUUAAACAACCAGUGACUCUUGAACUUACUCCCUCAGGCCACUAUUGUGUAAACAUUUUAGACAAAGACAUCACACAGAGUCCAUGCAAAAAUGAGAUUCGGACGGACACAGAGCACAUGGAGAUUCUGACAGUCACAGAGAACAUGAACACAAAAGAAAAACACAAAGUAUUGUUAAAGCUUCACAAACAGUUUGGACAUGCUACAGUUGACAGACUUCAGAAGUUACUCAGCAGUUCAGGGAAUAAUGAUGAUGAGAGUAUUUCCAUUCUACAGCAGAUAGUUAACAAUUGUGAGACAUGUCAAAAAUACAGUAAACCUAAGCCCAAACCAGCUGUUGGUUUGCCACUAGCUUCCAAGUACAAUGAAACAGUGGCUGUAGAUCUACAUGAGUUAGCACCAAGUGUGUGGUACCUUCACAUAAUCGACCACUUCACACGCUUCAGCGCUGGAAGCAUUGUGAAUACAAAGAAACCCAGUGACAUCGUCAGGCACUUCAUGCAUUCCUGGGUAAGUGUGCAAGGCCCUCCCCAGAAACUGUACAGUGACAAUGGAGGAGAAUUCAAUAAUAAUGAAAUAAGAGAAAUGGCAGAGAAAUUCAACAUGGAAGUAAAGACAACUGCUGCAUACAGUCCAUGGAGCAAUGGACUUCUGGAGAGACAUAAUCAAACACUCACAGAGAUCAUGCUGAAAGUGAAGCAAGACAAUGGAUGUGACUGGAACACAGCCCUAGAUUGGGCUUUGAUGGCAAAAAACUCAAUGCACAAUGUUCAUGGUUACAGCCCAUACCAACUAGUGUUUGGGCAGAACGCUAAUCUUCCCUCUGUACUGGUUGACAAGCCACCAGCACCAGAAGGGGCCAGUGUGAGUGCAUGGGUGGGACAGCACCUGUCAGCACUACAUGCAGCGAGAAAAGCGUUCACUGAAGCAGAGUGCUCAGAAAGAAUUCGCAGGGCUCUGCGUAAACAGCUACGACCCACCGAUGAGAAGUACGAAACUGGAGACAAAGUGUACUACAAACGAGUUGACUGUCAAGAGUGGAAGGGACCGGGUGUAGUCAUUGGCCAAGAUGGUGUGGUGAUAUUUGUGAGGCACGGAGGCAUCAUUGUCAGGGUGAACUGCAUCCUAACCCUCCCUUAUGGGAAGGGCUUCGAUGUUAGUUUCGCCGGCGCCAGCUUCCUGAAGGAGUUCUGGGGGAAACUCCAGAAUGCCCAGAACACCCAGGGACCCCUGGCAGCUAUGUUUGAGGUGAUCAAGCUGACGGACAAUAGCAUUAAAACCGUUAUUGUCCGUGAAGGAUCCCGAUGGGAUCUGGACAGGGGCCUGGAGGGUCACUGUCCAGCCGAGGGAGGACCCCGGGGCUAUGGUGGGUUGAAAGCCAUUCCAUCCACCAUAGUCCUCGGAGAGAACAGGGGCCAUGUUCACUACCAGGACCAGCCCAAGCUGUGCCGUAAGUGUGGUGAACAUGGCCACCUAGCAGACGCCUGCGACAAGGUGGUCUGCAUGAAGUGCCGGGAGGUGGGCCACCGCUACGAGGAUUGCACGAACGGCAGAUCGUGCAACCUCUGUGGCGAGCGGUCCCACCUCAUCCGCAGCUGCCCCUCCUCCUGGGCCAACAAGGUCAGGGCUGGCAGGAUGGAGGCGGCGGCUGCGGACUGGGCUUCCGAGCGCCAGAGGGAGAAAGUGGUAGUUGCCACGGUGGCAGUAGUGGAGGUGGUGCAUGAUGACAGUGUCGGAAACGACACUGUCAAGCGAGGAGGGUACGGGAGGGGGGGAGAGACCCUGGGCGAACACCUUCCCCUACGGAAGAGAAACGCAGAGGAGCUCUCCGACCACGAACAGGGCGAGGAAAAGAAGGGUAAACUGGAGUGGGAGAGCUCCCAGGGGGAGGAUGAGUCCAGGGUCUUCCCUCCCAACUCUCCUAACCAGCAAUCGUUUUUAAACCCUGUUUUAACCUCCUCUCCCUACCGCCCCCCCUUACCCCGUAGGGAGAGAGAGAAAGGAUCCGAAAAAUAA